AUGCAGCAGCAGCUGAUGGCCGAGCGUGAGCGUGCGUCUCGUGACAGAGACGCCUCAAGCACCACCACCACCACCACCACCACCACCACCCGACGACAGUCCUUCCGCAGAUCGCUCGCCGACGCGGAGCUGCCCGAAGAAGACCUGGAACGACUCGAGGCGAAGCGAAAGCAGCUCGACGAAUCCAUCCACAAAUACAUUGCCUCCAAGGAGCGCGAAUAUAAGUUGUUUGAGAAGGAAUUGAUCCAAAAGCACAAGGCUGCCAUAACCACCGACCUCCAGAGGACGAGACGACCUUCUUCCGAACCCACUUCCUCUCGCCAUGCCUCAAAUUCGCCGUCGCAGUCGCCGCGCUUGCCAGCGCAGUCAUCAAGCGCAGUCAAUGCCUUGCUGUCAGCCGCUGUGCGCAGAGAACACAUCGGAUCGCCCUUGGCCGUGACUGCUGUGCCAGAUGACGACGAGCCUGGGACCACAUUAGACGCCAGACAGUCUGUCGCAGGCUUGACAGAUCGCAAGGCGAGCAUAGAGCGCGACAGGGAGUUCAUUGGCGUUUUCACGCCCGCUUUUCUGCCUGCCCUGGAUGUGCACAAUACCCUCCAUAUUGAUGGAGACGACGCUGAGCCCGAGCGCGAGAGAGCAGAUUCCGCUCCGCCUCUAUCCAUCUCCUCAAUGAAGCAAAAUGCAGCACCGGAUGCUGUGCAGAGGGCAAACUCAGACCCGGCAGUGCGGCCAAAUUCGAAAAGGCCUGUACAUCUUCAAUUAUCUGGUCGAACAUCAUCCUCGGGCUCAUCUGCAGACGGCAAGCUGCCUUCCGCAAUGAAGUCGCCGACACAUCGCCCACGAAAAAAGCGAGUGUCGCUAGCAGUUGGCGACUCCAUCGUUGCGCCAAGUGAUAAUGUUCCUCUCACCUUGAAUUCCCACAACACCACGCCAUCGCAUUCUCGAACACGCUCCCCAGCGUCGUGCGAACGCAGAAAUGGCAAAGCGCCCGCAGCAGCCGACAUACCUACAACAAGCAUCACUCCAGCAGAGUCCUCAACCGCUCCCUUCUCUCCACUUGCAAAGGCCACCAUGACCAGUCAAUCCAACAAGGCUGAGCAAUCACGACAGGACUCGCCAGAUGUCGUCGUAGCCUCGUCCUCUGCCGCUGCUCAUGCACCAGUCCCUAGUCCAUCACCGCCGAGACAAGAUGUCGAUGGCGAUCUGGAUUUUGGCCUGGGCGGCGACGAGGCUUUAUCUGAUGAAGCGGUCGAAGAUAGCGCUGUGGACAGCGAGGACGAUAUCACUGGCCGUGUUGCUACACUCCGCACCUCUCCCCAUUCCGAGGAUGUCAUAUACGAAUCGAGCGAGGCUCUGAUACCUGAAGGCGCAGAAGAAUCAGACGACCAUGCCGAACACAUCGAAUUUCGACCUUCUUCAGUGCAGCAAUCGAAUACUCCGGGAUUCAGAAGGCCUUCAGCGACCAUCGAUCCGGUCUACAUGGGCUCUAAUUACGAUCGUGCAGAACACAGUGCAGUGACGAAUGAGAUCUACGGAUCGUCGUUCAAUAGGCCUUCCAGCAAAGGAUCCUUCACUGCUGGAUCUCUUGGCGAGUCUUUUAUGGCUCAAAAUGCCGAACGACUAAUGAGAAACCGUGCUGCGUUAGGAGAGACGCAAGUACGCUCAUGA